AUGGAAAUAAUCAGGAGUAAUUUUAAGAGUAAUCUUCACAAAGUGUACCAGGCCAUAGAGGAGGCUGACUUCUUCGCCAUCGAUGGGGAGUUCUCAGGAAUCAGUGAUGGACCUUCAGUCACCGCAUUAACAAAUGGUUUUGACACUCCAGAAGAACGGUAUCAGAAGCUCAAAAAGCAUUCCAUGGACUUUUUGCUGUUUCAGUUUGGCCUUUGCACUUUUAAGUAUGACCACACAGAUUCAAAGUAUAUAACAAAGUCAUUUAACUUUUACGUUUUCCCGAAACCCUUCAAUAGAUCCUCACCAGAUGUCAAAUUUGUUUGUCAGAGCUCAAGCAUUGACUUUCUAGCGAGCCAAGGAUUUGAUUUCAAUAAGGUUUUUCGCAAUGGAAUUCCAUAUUUAAAUCAGGAAGAAGAAAGACAGUUAAGAGAGCAGUAUGAUGAAAAACGUUUGCAGUCCAAUGGUGCAGGAGCUCUGUCAUUCGCGUCUCCCAACACUUCAAAAUGUCCUGUGAUGGUUCCUGAGGAGCAGAAGAAGUUUAUUGACCAAGUGGUAGAGAAAAUAGAAGAUUUGUUACAAAGUGAUGAAAACAAGAACUUGGAUUUGGAGCCGUGUACUGGGUUCCAAAGAAAACUGAUUUAUCAGACUCUGAGCUGGAAGUAUCCCAAAGGCAUUCACGUUGAGACUUUAGAAACUGAAAAGAAAGAGCGGUAUAUAGUUAUCAGCAAAGUUGAUGAAGAAGAACGCAAAAGAAGAGAGCAACAGAAACACGCUAAAGAACUGGAGGGACUGAACGACGCUGUGGGAUUUUCUAGAGUCAUUCAUGCCAUUGCUAAUUCAGGGAAACUUGUUAUUGGACACAACAUGCUCUUGGAUGUCAUGCACACGGUUCAUCAGUUCUACUGCCCGCUGCCUGCGGACUUAAAUGAGUUUAAGGAGAUGACAACAUGUGUCUUCCCCAGACUCUUGGAUACUAAAUUGAUGGCCAGCACACAACCUUUUAAGGAUAUCAUUAACAACACAUCCCUUGCAGAAUUGGAAAAGCGGUUAAAAGAGACACCUUUCAAUCCUCCUAAAGUUGAAAGUGCAGAAGGUUUUCCAAGUUACGACACAGCUUCUGAGCAGCUUCACGAAGCAGGCUAUGAUGCAUAUAUCACUGGACUGUGUUUCGUCUCCAUGGCAAACUACCUAGGUUCUUUUCUCAGUCCUCCAAAAAUUCACGUGUCUGCCAGAUCCAAACUCAUUGAACCUUUUUUUAACAAGUUAUUUCUUAUGAGGGUCAUGGAUAUCCCCUAUCUAAACUUGGAAGGACCAGACUUGCAACCUAAGCGCGAUCACGUUCUCCACGUGACCUUCCCCAAAGAAUGGAAAACCAGUGACCUUUACCAGCUUUUCAGUGCCUUUGGUAACAUUCAGAUAUCCUGGAUUGAUGACACAUCAGCGUUUGUUUCUCUCAGCCAGCCUGAACAAGUACAAAUUGCUGUCAAUACCAGCAAAUAUGCAGAAAGCUAUCGGAUCCAGACCUACGCUGAAUAUGUGGGGAAAAAAAAUGAGGAGAAGCAGAUCAAGAGAAAGUGGACAGAAGAUAGUUGGAAGGAGGUUGAGAGAAAGCGGUUAAACACUCAGUGUAUAUCCUGUGCUCUGCAGAAUCACUGUUACCGCACCAACAGUUUUACAGCUACCGGCACAGUAGUAAAGAGAAAUCUGAGUCCCAGUCUAGAGGAAGCUGGCUUGGAGGACAGUGCGUCAGGGGAGGUUUCUGACGCUGAACUUGAGAAGACAGAUUCCUGUGCAGAAACCCUCUCAGAGGGAAGGAAAAAGGCCAAGAAAUUAAAAAGAAUGAAGAAAGAGCUUUCUCCAGCAGGAAGCAUCUCGGGCAGCUCCGCCAAGCUCUUUGAAGUCCCUGAUACGUGGUAACCAAGACCCGAGUGAGACAAAUCGCUGGUGCUGUCCCCGAGAAAGACCCAGCCAACACUGUUUGGAAGCCAUACUGUAUUUAAUUUAAUAAAACGUGGGGUAGAAGGGGUUGGAAACAAAGAACGUGUCCUGACUGAAAAACCAGCUUUUGUUUUUGUGGUUGUGUUUCUUUCUUUCUUUUUUCUUCUCUCUCUUUUUUCUCUUUUUCCUUUUUAAUUUAAACUGUCUGGUGAACACCUGUGACAGUUGUAGGCUGUCAUGAAUGGGGACAUUAUUAACCAGUCGAUCAUUUGUUGCUCGUGUGAAACCUUUGCUGCCGUGAAUUAGCGCGUCUAAGAAGCCCCCUGAUGUGGAACGUUGGCUGUGAACUGUGCAAAGAGAGCUGACACUCCCCGGUGCUGUGAUCUCGAAUCUCGAUUGAGCUCUUUCCUGCCUGGGGAGGUUCUCCUCCAUAGUUUCAUGCUCCGAUUGCUGGGCACUUGGCAGUGCGUGCUGACAGUCUCCUGGUUGAGAAAUCUCUCCUGUCUCCCUGCUUCUCACUGUAGCCGCCUGAACACAGUAAGCUCUCAAGCCUGUUUUUCCAGUAGGAAAAUGUCUACCAAUGUCAACCCAUAAAGGACCCUCACAUAUGCCUUCGUCUUUGGGGCAUAUUUAUUUAGAGUUAUUUUUCCUAAGAUACUCGUUUCUCAUGGAGGGUGUAAGAGUGAAGGAGCUCGUUUAUGUUUUUACAUAUGGUGCUGUGUUCACUUUCCCAGCGUCUUAGCCUACUUGUCUUUUUCUUUCCUGGUUGGUUUGGGUGGGUGGCAGUCUGGGGGUAAAGUAUCAUGUGUUGGUGCAUGUACACAUGUGUUAUGCGAUCAUGACAGAUCUGCAGCAGGUAGCAGCCCUUCUCUCCAGCAGCAGGUGACAACAGCGGCAAGAUGUCAUGGAUCUACUUCAGUAGAUCUGCUUCAGACAGAUCAUUGUUAGAUACUUAACAUUUUUGUAUCAUGGAAAUAAAAAUGAAAAAAUGUAUUUCCAAAAGAUGAAAAUUAAAGA